AUCUCUCUCUCUCUUUCAAACAAAAAAAAAAAAAAGAAAAAAAAAAGAAAAAGAAAAGAAAAAAUCUUAGCACUACUCCCCACGCACUUUAACAACUCAUCAGAAGCAGAGGAGAGAAGAGAACGGAGAAGAAGGCGUAGAGCCGAAGUUAAAGUCGGCGCCCACGGAAGAAUCCGGCGCUUUCUUUACCCCAACCCAAUCUCGUCGCCGACUUUAAUUCCACUUCCCUUUUUCAGUAACCCCCACCCCCCCUCUUUUUAUUUCCUUUUUGUUUAUCUGCACCCUUUUUCUUGUUUUGAUCUUUGUGGUGCGCGAUAGAUCGGCUUCGACUCCUCCUGAUUUUGUGUGGGAACGCUCCUAAAUUGAUAGUUUACUUCAAGACAGGGACCUACAAAAUAAGAAGACUAUUCUGGGUGUGUUGCAACUAAGGGGAAUAAAUGGCUACGCUUGCUGAUAUAGGGCUAGCUGCGGCAAUCAACAUAUUGAGUGCUUUCGCCUUCCUUUUGGCAUUUGCUUUUCUACGGCUACAACCCAUAAACGAUAGGGUUUAUUUUCCCAAAUGGUAUCUGAAAGGUGUAAGAAGCAGUCCAUCACGGUCUGGAAAUAUUGUGCAGAAGUUUGUCAACUUAGACUGGAGAUCGUAUUUGAGAUUUUUGAACUGGAUGCCGGAGGCCCUCAAAAUGCCUGAGCCUGAGCUGAUUGAACAUGCAGGGCUUGAUUCUGCUGUCUAUCUUCGGAUAUACUUGAUUGGGCUUAAAAUCUUUAUCCCUAUUACAGUCCUGGCACUGGCCAUCCUGGUACCGGUCAACUGGACUAAUGAUACUCUUGCAACAUCAAAAGUAGUUUAUAGCGACAUCGACAAGCUCUCGAUAUCAAAUAUCCCCAAGGGGUCAAAUAGAUUUUGGGCCCACAUAGUCAUGGCAUAUGUUUUUACCUUUUGGACAUGCUAUGUAUUACUCAAAGAGUAUGAAAUUGUGGAGUCAAUGAGGCUGCACUUCAUUGCAACAGAAAGACGCCGUCCAGAUCAGUUCACUGUUCUUGUCCGGAAUAUACCACCUGAUCCAGAUGAGUCCACCAGUGAGCUUGUUGAGCAUUUUUUCCUUGUCAAUCAUCCUGAUCACUAUCUCACUCAUCAGGUUGUUUAUAAUGCCAACAAUCUUGCGAAACUGGUCAAAAAGAAGAAACAGAUGCAGAACUGGCUUGACUAUUAUCAACUGAAGUAUAAUAGAAAUCCAUCUAAGAGGCCAACUUGCAAGACUGGUUUUCUAGGAUUAUGGGGCUCCACUGUGGAUGCAAUUGAAUUUUACAUAUCUGAAAUUGAAAAGCUAUCAAAAGAAGAGGAGAUAGAGCGUGAGAAGGUCAGAAAGGAUCCGAAGUCUGUUGUGCCUGCAGCAUUUGUUUCAUUCCGAACACGCUGGGGGGCAGCGGUUUGUGCUCAGACUCAGCAAACUCGAAAUCCUACACAAUGGUUGACUGACUGGGCUCCAGAGCCUCGCGAUGUCUAUUGGCAGAAUCUUGCUAUUCCCUUUGUUUACCUCACAAUCAGAAGGUUGAUUGUUAUAGUAGCACUCUUCUUUCUGACCUUCUUCUAUGUCAUCCCAAUAGCAUUCGUACAGUCUCUUGCUAAUAUCGAGGGAAUUGAGAAAGCUGCUCCGUUUCUAAAGAAACUUAUUGAAAAGCAUGUUAUUAAAUCAUUUAUCCAGGGAUUUCUACCCGGUAUUGCUCUGAAGAUAUUCCUCAUACUGCUGCCAACCAUAUUAAUGUUCAUGUCCAAGUUUGAGGGAUAUACAUCCUUGUCUUCUCUUGAGCGGAAGUCUGCUGGAAAAUACUAUAUCUUCUUGUUUGUUAAUGUAUUUCUCUGCAGCAUCAUCACUGGGACUGCAUUACAGCAACUAGAUGUAUUUAUUCACCAAUCACCUAAUCAGAUACCGAAGACAAUAGGUGCAUCAAUCCUGAUGAAAGCAACGUUCUUCAUUACUUUUAUAAUGGUUGAUGGAUGGGCUGGAAUAGCCGGAGAAGUUUUGAGAUUGAAGCCGUUGAUAAUCUUCCACUUGAAGAAUUUCUUCUUGGUGAAGACUGAAAAGGAUAGGGAAGAGGCUAUGGAUCCGGGAAGUAUUGGGUUCGACUCAUCUGAGCCACAAAUACAGCUGUACUUCUUGCUUGGUCUUGCCUAUGCCGUGGUCACGCCAUUCCUUCUACCUUUCAUCAUAAUAUUCUUCGGCCUUGCUUAUGUUGUUUUUCGUCAUCAGAUUAUAAACGUCUACAAUCAAGAAUAUGAGAGCGCCGCGGCAUUUUGGCCAAGCGUCCAUGGGCGCAUAAUCACGGCAUUGAUCAUAUCGCAGCUGGUCCUACUUGGGUUGUUAAGCACGAAGAAUGCUGCUCAGUCGACUCCUGUGCUCCUCGCCCUGCCGAUAUUAACUAUAUGGUUUCAUCUCUACUGCAAGAAUCGUUAUGAACCUGCUUUUGUGAAAUAUCCACUCCAGGAAGCAAUGAUGAAGGACACCUUGGAGCGCGCGAGGGAGCCAAACCUAGACCUCAAAGCGUACUUAUCGAACGCUUAUAUUCACCCCGUGUUCAAAGGUGGCGAAGAGGACGACGACUUUUCAAUAGCCGAUGAGCAAGAGUACGAACAAGUACUCGUGCCCACAAAGCGGCAAUCGCGGAAGAACACUCCUGUGCCGAGCAAAUACAACGGCUCGUCGUCGCCAUCUCUGCCGGAUGUUGCACAAGAACCCUAGGAUGCAAUAGAAGCUUGUGUAUAUUUCUAUGUAGAUUAAGAGAGGUGAGAAACGGAUGUUCUUCUGUUUUUAACUUUGCAUAUGCAGUAAGAAUGAGUCUUUUGAUGUGUUAUGGAACUUA